CUGGCCUGCGACCAUACAAGUGGCGAUUGAUGAGAACAAGACCAUUGAGAGAGGCUGCGCUGCAUUUGUCCUGUAUAUUUUGGUAGAAUGAAAUGCGAGAGGCCUACGUUCUUAUGUUUUGUGCUUGUGUUUAUUUUUUUGUUUUUCUACGGGACAAGUAAGUCGGAAAGUUGUACUCCUUCGAAGGCAGCGCACUCGUGUUUUUACAAGUAUUGAAGUAAUUCUCGACUGUUUAUUGGGAUUCGCAUAACGUUUUCUUGUUGUUCAUUCCCGUGUGCCUUUUGUUGAUUCUGUUGAUGAUAUAACGCCAAUGUUGUGAUCGCACUAGCCUAGCCAAGUGUCUCCAAUCCGUAACUUUAGAAGUUGAGGUUAUGUUCGUGCACACAUGAAAAGGACAAAAAACAGUCGUAAGCCUGUACAGGAGGAAAAACCGUCAUCUGAAAUUCCGGCGAAUCCGCAAAAUUGUUUUAAAAUGUGUUUCUGCCAAAUUGAUUGCUAAGGAGGGAACGGACGGUCCUCACACAUACAAGCAUGGAUUGCAAAAAUUCGGCUAACUACGAAGGAACGAAAAUGCAACGCAAUUUGGGUACUGCCGCCGUGUACAGUCUUUCUCCGCGUUCGCCAUCUGCUGAAUCCAGUUGUCAUCACAGUCAAAAACAUAUAACGGAUAGUGAACAACCCUCAUUUUCUCCAAUAAAGUCGGAACCAGAUUUCGACUACACUGACGAGGAGGAACAAAGCUCAAAUGUAAUGCCCUGCGUCGAUGGACGUCCUCACUACCCUAAUGAACCACAGCCAGCCCUUAGCUUCUCCACGAAUAGUCAGCAACAAUAUAAUAAUGGAAAUUCCGCCUGUGGCGGCGGAAAUUCAGAUGGAGGAAGCUUCGACUCUGAGUCGAAUUUGAACGGUACGGCGCAACAUUCUGUAUCUUCCACGACGAAUGUGCAAACUGCAUCACCUACGUCUUGGCAUCCGCCAGGGCAAUUGGCCCAACGUCACGGUGACCAGCGCAACAAUAUUCCUCCACCUAAUACUUACGGUAUGCUUAGCCAUGAGUCACAGGUACUUUACAUAACUGAGACGUGCACUGAAAUUGGACGCAAUUCAUCAACAUCUUCUGUACACUUCCACGUUGCGAAGAACAGUUUUGUGUCACGCAAGCAUUUAAAGAUAAUCUUCAAUGAACAGACGGGAGACUUCUACUUAAUAUGCCUCAGCAAAAACGGUGUUUUCAUUGAUCAUAUGUUCCAGCGGCGUAGCACGGAAGCUAUAAAGCUACCGAGAGAAGGGUGUACAUUUCGUUUUCCCAGUACGGAAAUACGGAUUGUUUUCGAAAACUUCACUGAUAAGUUCCAGAUGAGUAACGAUGAUGGCGGCGUCGGUGACGAGGUUCGGGGUAAUUUUAAGGCAGUAGACAAUUCAAAUGUGAUAUUAUCGCCCCUCAAGAUUACAAUUCCAAAAACUGAACAGAAAAGUCCGUUCCCGUCGCCAACUGGAACGAUUAGCGCAGCAAACAGUUGUCCAACGAGUCCUCGCGGAUAUCAAGAAUAUCCAUCGUAUCAUUACAACAAUAACAACAAUUUUCAGAAUGGACUUCUUCCACCACCACCAACAACCUCUGCAUCAAAUAAUGAACAUGAAAAACCUCCAUAUAGUUACGCUCAAUUGAUUGUACAAUCGAUAUCAGCAGCGCCUGACAAACAAUUAACAUUGUCCGGAAUAUAUUCCUUCAUUUCGAAACACUAUCCUUAUUACAGAAAGGAAGCGAACAAGGGCUGGCAAAAUUCUAUUCGACACAAUUUAAGCUUAAAUAGGUAUUUCAUAAAAGUAGCACGAUCCCAAGAUGAACCAGGAAAAGGUAGUUUUUGGCGCAUUGAUCCGAGUAGUGAAGCGAAAUUAAUUGAUCAAAGCUACAAGAAACGUAGACAGCGUGGAAGUCAGUGUUUCAGACCACCGUACGGUAUGCCUCGAUCAGCUCCAGUAUCUCCAAGUCAUAUUGACAAUUCGCGCGACAACUCUCCCUUACGUGAUAUCGUCCUGCAGUCGGCACCAGGCUCGCCAGGGGUUUCAUAUCAGAAUAAUCAUAAUGAGAGCCAUUGUGGGAAUGAAGAUAAUAACUACAGCUCUUCGCAUGCCCUUAAAACGACGUAUCCUACAAUUUUUGGGAACUCGUCGUCAACUAACAACUACUAUACCACAACAAUACCAUCCAAUCAACAACAGUCCGGUUCGCUGAAACGACAUCAGACAAGCUCAAACAGCGGCAACAUCCUUCAUGGCGGAGGUGGUAGUAGUGGCGCAAAUGUAACAACUUCGAACAUUCUAGGUAAUCUUGCGGCAGAUGUGGUAGUUGCAAAAUCGUCACCAGGAGACCGUCAAAUAAUUACAGACAUUUAUGAUGAAAUUCCUGAGCCUGAGUAUAGUGUCAGUGGUGCUGAAAGUGCCGAUGAAUGUGAAUCUUCAAAACGCCAAAAGUACGGACCAUCUGAAGAGAUGAACCAAUGAAAGCGCCGUAAAGUAAGGAGAAAGGACAUUCAAAAACAAAAGAUCGCCGAAUGCGAGUGAGAGAAGUGCGACUUUAGCAGGUAAAAAGGAGACACCGAUAAUCGCGACGAAAUAUUCUAUAAUUGUAAUCGUCGUGUUCUGGACGUUGUAGUGUUUUCUUUUUUUUUUCCUUAAACGAAAUGAUCAAUGUUUAUCCUAGCUAGACCGCGUACAAGUUGAUUAUUUUUUAGGCAACCGUGAAGACUGGGAAAUUUUAUUUGAGCAAACGAAACAUCCAAUACGUGGCAGAAGAAACCUUCAAGUCUGCCAAGUAUUGCAGCUAAUAUGAGAGUUAAUCAUUAACCGUGAAGAAAGUGAAAUAUCGAAAAUUCAAACCAAAUAUUGUGUGUAUGCUUUUUGUGUAUUUCGAAAACAAGCAACAGAAAGAAAUAAUAGGUCGCCAUCGCUCUAGUCGGUAUUGUCCAUCCCUGUUCCUGCUUCCCCGAAAUAAAGAUAAAAUUCCUCCGAUGAGAAGUGGCGAAAUUCAACUUGCAGAAAGAUCCAAUAGGACAAUUAUGUACUUCUGAAUAUUUAGUUUGAAAUUUGUGGGGCCGUAGGGAAACAGAAAAUUGAGAAUGCAUGAUGCAAGGUAUCAUAAAAAGGUUUAUUUCAUUGUACAUACGAAUAAGAACUAUAUAAAGAUGCAGUUUUAAAAGUAAUAAUUAUGUGAAAGAUACAUCACCUUGUGAAUUUUGUGUAUGAACACUAAAAAGAUUAUAUACAUAAUUGAUUUCAUAAUUUAAGUAUAAUUGUAUGGAAGGAAUAUAUAUUCAGGUUAAAGUCUUACAUAAUUAUGAUGUAAAAGCUUAGAUAUAAAAGAAAGUCUAAAGUAAUAAUGAUAAUAAAAAAAGCAUUCUGUAUUCA